UGCCAUUGGAACAUUAGUAUUUCAACUUUUCAGAAUGGCCAAUCCAUUGCAUCGUGAAAAAUUACAUCAUUCUUUUCCAGGCAGAGCAAAGCAAAUUGAUCAGAUCCUUAGCUUUAUGGGAAAGCCCACAGCUCCUACACCGCCAGCUUUAUUUAUCAAUGGAAACUCGUCGUUGGGGAAGACAUCGGUCGUCAAAGCUAUUCUUUCUACUGUAUUAGGCGACACUAGUCCCAGCCAUUAUGCAUUCCUGGACUGUAUAGAAUGCCAUACGCCCCGUCUGAUUUUUGAGCAUGCCAUAUAUCAAUUCCGGCAUCCACCUUCUGUACGAUGGCGAUAUCCAGCUGAUCUCCAUUCUCAACAACAAGCGGAUCAAAUCAUGGAUGGAUAUGCUCACGCUCAACAUACAGCUGAGGCAGAUCAAAGUGGUAGUGGUAGCAGCAGAAGUAGUAGUAAUGAGGAUGGCAGCUCACCAAGUCAGGAUCCACAAAUGAGUGAUGGCUCUGGAAGGAAGGAUAUUGACACAGGCACAACUCUUGUCAAGAAUGGCGAAGGAAGACGGAAGAGGAAGUGGAUCCAGGAUGAAAUCAUUACUUCGGGGCCACCCACUUGGGACAAGUGCGAAAACAUCAAUGAAUUUGUGGAGUGGUGUCGGAGGAUCUGCGCUGAUGGCAAUGAUGGCCAAGGUCAUGCUUCAAUACACGCUAAGGGCUCAGCAUAUUCAGAAGAACAACGUCAGCGUAAAGGACAGCAUGAUACCCGUUAUCUCGUUCUUGACCGAGCAGAAAGACUGAGAGAUAAUGCACCAACCUUAAUUCCUGUUCUCAUGCGUCUCCAAGAGCUCACUGGCCGCAAUAUCUGUGUCAUCUUUAUCACAAGUAUCGUUUGGGAAAAGUUCCGUUCCAAAAAUGGGGGAUAUGAGCCCAUCAUUAUGAACUUUCCUCAAUACUCAAAAGGCGAGACAAUUGCUAUUUUAGAACGGGAUUUACCUGAGGGCCAAGAUAAAGAGCUGUAUAUGCGGUUUGUGGAUCUGGUUUAUAAUGUUUUUCAGAGGAACUGUAAGGAUCUAAACGAAAUUCGGCACUUGGUUGCAUUGCUAUUCCCAUUGUAUAUUAAGCCGAUAAAGGAAGGCAAAAUCCAAAAGCAUGAAGGAUUAAAACUUCAUCGACAUAUUCAGGCUUAUUUUGUAGAAGCGAUGGAUAAACUAUACCUUCGGGAGAUUUCAAGUACGGAGUGGGUUGAUCGCACUUUACUCACUUCUUCAGGAUCUUUUAAGAGCAAACAUGGAGGCACUCUUGGAGAAUCUUUGAUAGCCAGGUCCAGUUCAGAAGCGGCUAAGGAUGAGCGGGCGUUGAUGAAUGCCGUUGAUAUUCAGAACACAUUCGAUUUGCCUUACUUUACAAAAUUCAUUUUAAUAGCGUCAUUUCUCGCGUCUUAUAACCCGCCCCGGUUGGAUUUGCGAUAUUUUGCCAAAGUGUCCAAUCAAGGUGGCAAGAUGUCCAAGCGCAGCAAGGUGGCUGCUGCCAAGAAGCAUGGGCACGAGCAGCUAGGUACGAAAUUGAGGCAGCAGUUACUUGGCCCAAAAACGUUUCCAAUUGAGCGAAUGCUGGCCAUCUUCUACAGUAUAUUGGAUGAAGAGGUGGAAGAGAACGUGAACGUACACACACAGAUCGCAUCCUUGGUCUCACUCCGGCUCCUGCAAAGAGUUACCCCAAUGGAUAAACUGGACUCUAUUAAGUGCAAGUGCAACGUCAGUUAUGACACGAUCAAAGCAAUAGCGAAAAGUAUCAAAUUUGACAUUGAUAGAUAUCUCUAUGAUUUUGCAUAAAUUCAUAUUCCUGUCACAAUCAUAAAGAAACCAACGUUUUUA